AUCAAUCAAAAAAUAAUUUUGGUUAUUGCCAUUGCCAGUGUUUGAUUUUUAUAAAUUUAUACCUAACUUAAAGUUAAAUGAAUAUUGUUAAAUACUGGAGGCAAAAUAUGUCUCAACCGCCGGCGAAUAAAAAGCGACCCUCGUCUACACAAAAUAUCAAAGUAGUAGUUCGUGUUAGGCCUUUGAAUAAAGAGGAGAUCGAAAAGAAAGUCAAAUCAGUUGUAUCAUGUGUGUCUUUAAAGGAGAUUCUUACAAAAGAGAAAAAAUAUCAGUUCGACAGAGUUUUUCAGCCGGACAGUUCACAAAUGGAUAUUUAUUCGUAUGUCGUAGCUCCGAUGAUUUCGGACGUUCUUGAGGGAUAUAAUUGUACGGUUUUUGCUUAUGGUCAAACAGGAACAGGGAAAACACAUACAAUGACGGGGGGUGAUCCUACAUUGAGUGCAAAUGUACAUUGGAGGACAGAUGAUCUAGCUGGGUGUAUACCCAGGGCAGCUGCUAAUAUUUUCGAUGAAAUUGGUUUAAUGGACGCAGUAGAUUAUAAUGUUAGAGUCUCGUUUCUUGAAUUGUACAAUGAAGAGGUCAGGGAUUUGCUCUGCGAGGAAGAGAGACCCUCUCCAUUGAAUCUUUUUAACGAUUCCAAAGGUUCAAUUUACAUUCAAAACCUAAAUGAGAUCACAGUUUUCAGUAGCCAAGACAUUUACAUAUUAUUGCAAAAAGGUACUCACAAAAGACAAACCGCCUCGACCUUAAUGAACAAUCACAGUUCCAGAUCUCACACUGUGUUUACUAUUACCGUGCAUAUUAGAGAAGUAACAAUGACCGGCGAGGAUGUACUAAAAAGUGGUAAAAUUAAUCUUGUUGAUUUAGCCGGCAGCGAAAACAUCGCAAAAUCCGGUGCUAAAGAUAAAAGAGCACAAGAACUAGCCAAUAUCAAUAGGUCGCUUCUCACAUUGGGUCGAGUAAUUCAGAUUUUAGCAGAGAAGAAUAAUAAGCAUGUUCCGUACAGAGAUUCAAAACUAACAAGGAUACUUCAAGACAGUCUUGGUGGACAUACAAAAACUUGCAUUAUUGCAACAAUAUCUCCAUCUUCCAGCUCAUUUGAAGAAACACAGAGCACUUUAGACUAUGCUUGCCGAGCUAGAGAUAUAAGAAACACACCAACUGUCAACGAGAAAGUCACCAAACAACAGAUGAUUAAGGAUAUGGGCCACGAAAUUGAAAAACUGAAAAAAGACUUGGAAGCUGCCCGGACUGGAACAGGUGUAUACAUUGACAAAGAAAACUGGGAACAAAUAAACUCCGAUAUACAGUCAACUGCCUACACGCUAAACCUAAAAAACGAGGUUAUCGACGAUAUGAAAAAGAAACUGGCCGAGUUGGAACAGUUAAGGGACACCAAAAUCAAAGAGUUCGAUCAAAUCAUGAACGUGUGCAUGAAAAAAGACAAGAUCAUCGAAAAAGCGAAACAUUUAUUAAGUAAAAUGACGGUAAACUUGAAACAGGAAGAGUACAUAUCGAACUAUUACGCGGUUGCGGCAAACGAAACUACGCUCAAAGCCAAAGAGCUGUUUGAAACGACAAAAAAACUAUCGGUCAAUCAAGAAAUUUUACAGAGGAAACUCGAAAAUCAGUAUUAUACUAAUUACACCAACGAAAAAAUAGUGAAGGAAAAAAGUGUGGGUCUGAGUCAAACUAUAAGCUCUGCGGCGGAAAAGGUUGAAGAUUUGAGGAAUUCGUCUGGCCUUCGUUUAAAUAAUGUGAGAAUGAAUUUGGAUUUUCUUGCGAGUACACAAGCGGAUGCGGUCGAAGCUAAGAAACUGAGUUUUGAAACGCAGACAAAGACCGCGUUGGAGAGUAUGGUAAAACGUGUUACUUGUCGAUCGGAGUUUAAUAUUGGUAAAAUUGAUAACGUGUUGGGUUUGGUGGAGAAUAAUGUUCAAGACUGCAGUAAUACAUCUUCUGAGUUUGAAAGUUAUGAUCGAAAUGUGACAUCAAAAAUGAAAUCUUUUACGGACGUUAUAGCGGUGCUGUAUAGCGGGUUGCAGCAGCAAAGGCAAGAGGAAAUUCAACAGCUUCAAGAUCUAGAAAAAUUCUCGGAUAUCACUAGAAGUCGGAUAAAGCAAGUAGAACAUUUCUUAGGUGUAAUAGAAUCUUCGAAUGUACUCGGUAUGGAACAGAAAGUCCCGGAAAAGACUGUGAUAGAACAGAAAUUGUGUGAUAUGAAAAAUAGGUCGGAAACUACGACCCAUGAAUUAUGUACUUUAAGGAAUUCUUUAAAACUAGAACCAGAAAUUUGUUCACAGUAUGAAUCGGAAAUUAUUGAGGUUGAAAAUAGUGAUAUAAAAAUGCUGGAAACGCAAGUGGGUACGAUGACAACUAAGAUCGACGACACGCGGCAAGAAAUAGCGAGCUUAGAAGAAGAAAUCGAAAGCUACACAACGCAAGUGAGUGUCUUGGCCAGAGAGGUGGACAAUGCGUUAAAGCAUGAUAUAGUGUCCAGCAUAAUACCUGUCCAGCGAGGCGGCGACACUCCCAAGCAGAACAACCUGAACUUGCCGAAACGGAUGGGAGAGACCACGCUGCCGAGGGAUGUGCUAGUCAAACGGUUCAAAGAUGAAUUUUCGCCGAACAUCGAAAACGAAUCGUUCCAUUUAAAUAUUUCGACGGAUUCAAUACAACCGUUAGAGGACGAUUCAAACGAAGAAAGCAGAGAAUCGUUAGAGUCCAGCAAAUAAUAUUUUAAGGUUUUUUAUUUAAUGAACGCCUAUUUAAUAGUUUUAAGGAUGGAGAUGUGUGAGGUUUGGUGUGAUGCAGAUGUGUGAGGUGUAUCCAUUUGUAAUAUAUAUUAUAUACUUUUAAUUUUUGUACUAAAAAUGUCUAUUAUAAGAAAGAAGUUUUUCUUUGAGUGCAAUUCCGAUGAGUUUGAAUAAAAAAUAUAUUGACAGGUUUGUCUAGGAAAUAUACUAUUCAUGAUUCAUGCAUCACACAUUUUACUUUAUAAAAAACGAACCGUGUUUUUGUUUUAUUUCCUUCCGUAAUGCUUAGAUGUAUGGUUGUG